GGUUGAACGAGAGUCUGUUGGCACUUCGCUUGGGGGAAGAGGUCCUGAGAGGUGGUGUGGAAAGAUUAUUGUCAGACGCAGGUUGAGGGGGGUUGAUAUACGUCGUUGGGCGUCGGGAUCGUGGCCGAAGCACUGGCUGACGUACACCAUGCAAUGGUAAGCUGGUACCAGUCGCUCUCAAGGUGUCCCGAUCAUCUUGAUGCACACGGAAAGGGAUAAUGCCAACAUUUCCGCCGUAGCGCAAGCACUAGGAGAAGCUCGGGGCCAGGAACGUGUGAGAUCAUGGUAGGGCUCUCCAAGCUCUGCCACCCUGGUCCUCGCCGGUUCUCGUGUUCGAUGAUGAAAUUCACGUUGAGGUCGUUCCCAAUCGACAGGGUCAACGUCAAUGCAAAGGCCAACGUGCUCCAACGUGCUCCAUGGAUAUGCCGAUGCGUGGACAUGUCCUUAAUCAAGCCUCGACCAAGCUCAAAUGUGUCCUCAUGGAUGCUGCCGCAGAAUACUGUCCAUUGAUGAUAAUAGCACCUCGAUACCGCUGCUGCUUGUGAAGAAUGGUGUGCUAGAACUAUCGACCUGAUCUGCUUUCGAGCAUGGGUGAAAGUCAUUCCGGUAGGAAGCGAGCGUCAGAAGUCGUCGGUAGCAGUGAAGCUCCGUCAACUUGGAAGCAGCGCAUUGUGAUACUGCCCUGCAAUUGCAAUUGUGGCUUCACAUCUGACUUAUUUCCUCGUCCGAUUCCAGUCCCUCCAUGUAU